AAAAAGCGGGGCAAGCGAAGGGCAUUAACGUCUGCUCCAGCAUUCUGGGUUUUGGCUACCUGAUCUCAUCCACUUGUUUCUCUCUCCAACGCGAGUUAGCAAUUGACAGGAUGGUUUCCUCUGAAACGCGACAAAAGCUCUUUCGACAAGUCAUUUGUCUAUGUCUCUUAGCUACCUUGCUUCACCCCACAACCUCCAGUGAUCUGUUUCGCAUUGGUCUGAAGAAACGUCAACUAGAGCUUGACGAUGUCCGAGCAAACAGAGUGAUCAGAAAGCUGAAGCAUGCAAAGAACCCAUCUUCUGCUACUUUAAGUGAUUCUAAAGAAGAUAUUGUGAUUCUUAAGAACUACUUGGACGCACAAUACUAUGGAGUCAUCAGUGUCGGAACACCUCCUCAAGAGUUUGACGUUAUAUUCGACACUGGCAGUUCUAAUCUCUGGGUUCCGUCUUCAAAAUGCUACUUCUCCCUGGCCUGUUAUUUCCAUUCCAAGUACAAGUCAGGGAAAUCGAGCACAUACACUGAGAACGGAAAGUCGUGUCAAAUACGCUAUGGCUCGGGCUCGAUCUCUGGUUUUUUCAGUCAAGACAACGUAAAAGUUGGUGAUCUUGUGGUCAAGGAUCAGGAAUUCAUCGAAGCUACACGGGAAGGAAGUCUCACUUUCUUGAUUGCGAAGUUCGAUGGGAUUGUCGGGUUAGGUUUUCAGGAGAUUUCAGUCGGGAACGCAGUACCGCUGUGGUAUAACAUGGUGAAUCAAGAGCUCGUGAAGGAACAGGUUUUCUCCUUUUGGCUGAACCGUGAUCCGGAUGCUGAAACAGGAGGUGAGAUUGUGUUUGGUGGUGUUGAUUCCAAACACUUCAAAGGAAACCACACUUAUGUUCCUGUUACUACAAAGGGUUAUUGGCAGUUUGAGUUGGGUGACAUUCUCGUCGGAAACAGCUCAACCGGUUUCUGUGAACAAGGUUGUGCUGCAAUCAUGGAUUCAGGAACUUCACUUCUGGCUGGUCCAACUACUGUGAUCACACAAAUCAACCACGCCAUCGGGGCUGAGGGAGUAAUUAGCGCUGAGUGUAAGGACGUUGUUUCUGAAUACGGAGAACUGAUUUGGAAUCUCUUGGUUUCAGGGGUACAGCCCGGUGAAGUGUGUAAACAGCUUGACCUCUGCAUUUUCAGCAAACCCAAAACGCUCAUCAAAACAGUGGUUGAGAAAGAUAAUACGGUUGGAGAUACGCCAUUAUGCACGGCCUGUGAGAUGGCUGUUGUCUGGGCUCAGACACAGUUGAAGCAAAACAAAACUAAAGAGAGAGUGUUUGAAUACAUCAACCAGCUCUGCGAGAGCCUGCCAAGCCCUGCGGGCGAAUCAAUCAUCGACUGCAAUAACAUCCACAACAUGCCAGAUGUUACAUUCACUAUUGGAGGCAAGCCCUUCACUCUCACCCCAGAGCAGUACAUUCUCAAAACCGGAGUAGGCUAUGCCGAGAUGUGCAUAAGCGGGUUCUCAGCGUUCGAUUUGCCUCCACCGAGGGGUCCUAUUUGGAUCCUCGGUGACGUAUUUAUGGGGGUCUAUCACACGGUAUUCGACUCCAAGAAUCUGCAGAUCGGUCUUGCAGAAGCUGCAUAAAUGGCUGCUUAUCGGUUUACUCUGUAAUGCAGCCAAUGAAUAAUCGGGUAUUGUAGAUAACACUAUGAUCUUAUAUCGCGUUUGCGCAUGUAGAAACGCUUGUCUAUGGCUGUAGAACUCAUAUAUGCUCGAGGUCCGGCCCUUCUGUUUCCUAUGUACUCUUUAUAUAUAGUUUUAAUAGCCAAGGCUUGGGGGGUGUUCGGACUGA